AUGGCCCCUCUUGAAGACGGCGUCGUGUUAAACACCAAGUCGCUCUGCGACUCAAUUUCUAGAGAGAUGAAAGCAAGAAAAAUCACGCAGAAGGUUUUCGCAAAAAAAGUAGCGAAUCUAAGUCAUUACUAUCUUCCGCGGAUUCUGAGAGCCCCCAUGCCGUGGGAGAAUGUUUCAAGUUUGGGACGUAUGACAUAUAUUCGUCUACAUAACUGGAUCCAAUUACCAGAAAAGGAAAGAAUGGAAAUCGUGAACUGCGUGCUUCCGAAGAAAAAGGCUAGUAUGCGUCUCUCAAAGCCAAAACGACGCACGAUGAAGUUCACUGAGGUUCAAAAGAAAGCCCUUAAUGCGAUUUUCGAAGUCACUGAAAAGCCGCCACGUGAGACGAUGCAGAUGAUUUCGGAGCAUUUGCAGUUGGAGUUUAAAACGGUUUUGAACUAUUUCAACCGCAACCGCCAACGCCAACUAGACCUCCAACGCCAACAGAUUCAGACCGAGAAUCAAUAA